AUGGAGGAGUCGGACAACAACCUCGUCGUUGCGGAAUUGACCGGCGAUGUUGUCGAUGACCUUGAAAGUCUGCGGCUUGUCAGAGGGAGAAAGAGAUUGAUCUCUGAUGGUUACACUGGGAGAGGAACGGGAAUCGGCGGAGAGAUGAACGAAGGUGGAGAAGGAGGAAGCCGAAACGAAUUGGUGUCUGCAGCGGACUGCAACCGGGCCGGAGCGAAGUGGGCUUAG